AUGGAGAAUGCAACGGAGAGUGUCAAAAAUGACGUUUCUGGAUAUCGAAAAAUUCAUGGCUUCCUGUGUGUCGUUGUUUGCACAAUAGGAGUCCUUCUUAACAGUGUUAAUUUCUUAGCCUGGACUAGAAAAGUUCCAGCGCUAUUUCGGCCUUUUUAUCUGGCCUUCAGAGAUCUGAAGGCCACUUAUGAACCCCUCAAAGCUUUCACAGACCAAUUUUAUUUUACUCAGUCAAAAUUAUGUUCUUUUACAAACAAAGGAUGCAGACUACCUAAAACAAAACUUGAAGAUGGAAGUUAUGUAGUGCGGAAUAUUUUAAACUUAUUUUUAUGCGAUUUCCAGCAGGUUGAUAAGCACAUUCUACGAGUCAUGACCAUGCCAUCUAUGAGCAACACACAGGAUCAAUAUGGCAAUUGCUUAAAAAGUGAAAAUGCCACUAAUAAUGUUGAGUUGUGUACACGUAAAUUGCAGGAGAUGUGUGUCAACAAAAGUGUUUUUAUAAAAACAAUACGGCUCUCUAUGGAAGUCGUCGCUCUUCUUCUUGAACUAGUUCCAGAUCUGAAGGUCAUACACCUGAUCAGGGAUCCGCGAGGGGUCAUGUUUUCCCGAUAUCGAGGCCGCUUUGUGAAUGACACAAAUUUAAGAAUGAGUGCCAAGUCUUUUUGUAAUAGAAUGCUGAUGGAUAUCAUGAGAAGUUAUUAUUUAAAGUUAAAAUUUCCUCACAAGAUAAAAACACAACUGUAUGAAUAUCUGGCUGAAAAUCCCUUGGAAUCAAUGUACGAUCUGCAUAACUUCACAGAUACAAAAGUUUUACAUUCUAUGAAGUCAUAUCUGUAUAAUCAUACGAUGGCUGGCCAAACAAACAGAAAAUAUUAUAAUACUGUCCGAGGAAACUCUACAGUGACAUCCAUAACGUGGCGCAUGCGCAUGAAGUGGGAGGCUGUGCAAGUUAUAGACAGCGAAUGCAAGGAAUUGUAUGAUCAUGUUGGAUUUAUUCCAUUUUCAAACAAGGCUCAGCUUACUAAUUUAUCAUUCAAGACAAGGAAAAAAGAAAGUCCACUUUUUGAAAAAUUUUAAUUUUGUUUUCGUUUGUUUUUUUAUGAAUUAAAUUUCAAUGAAUGUAUUUUAAA